UCGAUCUUCUAGGGUGCGCAGCCCUAAUACUCACGCCAUCGCGGACCUGCAGCUCAGCAUCAGCGCAUGUUGCCCAACAGAAAGUUGCAUGCCAGAAAUGUGCCAAGUCUCUGUGACGGAAGCCCUUUUGGAUAUCUAUAUAAAGCACAUCAGAAUCGAAAUCACCAUUGACCAAACAAGGCAAUCAAAACAUCUUUCGAUCUCAAGGUUUUUGUAGUCGCAAUCCUCCUUCACAAUGCCGUCAAUCCAGUUCAUGCCUGAGAUGGACCCUCCAUCGAGCACAGCCUACCUCUCCUGUGCUGCACGGGAGGGAGGAAAGAAUGUAGAAGAAACCACAUACAAUGACACGCUUCGCCAGCUGAACACUCUCAACACCAACUUUGCGUACCGCCAACUCGCCAUCAAGACAGCGGAUCGGAGUGUCUUCAUCCAGGACAUGCUGAGAUGGUGUCGGGCAGUGGGAUAUGAGAGUCCCGAUUUCGAUCCCCUAAAUGCGGUGCACAUUGCCGGAAGUAAAGGCAAAGGUUCCACCUCGGCGUUUAUCUUUUCGAUUCUGUCGGAGUACCAGGGUCACGAGAACCCAAUCAAGAAGCUGGGCCUCUACACGUCACCUCAUCUGCGCACUGUCCGAGAGCGCAUUCGGAUCAGCCCAUCCAACGACACCCCUUUUCAUCACACCUCCCUGACCGAGGACCAAUUCGUCCAGUACUUCUGUGAUGUCUGGGGCCGACUCGGCCUGACAGAGGAGACCGCCAAGAGCGGCCCUCCCUUUGCCCGCUUCCUCACGCUCAUGGCCCUUCACGGGUUCCUGCAGGAGAAGGUCGACACCGCCGUGGUCGAAGUGUGUCUCGGUGGCCGACAUGACUCAACCAACAUCCUCCACAAACCUAGCGUCAGCGCCAUCACGAGUCUCGCCCUCGAGCACACCGACCUCCUAGGCAACACCAUCGAGGAGAUCGCCUGGGCUAAAGGCGGCAUCAUCAAGCCCGGUGUCCCGAUCUUGACUAUUCCCCAAGCUCCCGGCGCUACCGCUACCCUGCAGAAGAUCGCCGCUGAAGUGGGAGCGCCACUGACCAUUGUCUCCAUGCACCCAGAAGUGGAGACCAUGGAGCUGGGACUAGCAGGAGACUUCCAGAAGAUAAAUGCUAGUCUGGCCAUAGCCGUCGCGGCGACCCAUCUACGCAAUAUGGGCUACUCGGACAUUCCCGAGGACAUCACCUCCGCUCCCCUACCGGAGAAAUUCCGUCGCGCCCUGGAGACCGCCAGCUGGCCGGGCCGCUGCGAGACGCGGGACUGCCGGUCCGGUCGGUUCCAUCUGGAUGGCGCGCACACCGUGGAGAGCAUGGACCUGGUGGGAUCCUGGUUCGCGAAGAAGGCCGCACCGCAGCAGGACUCCGCCAAGCGGGUUCUCAUCUUCAACCAGUCCACCCGCGAUGCAUUCACCUUGGUGCGCCAUCUCCGGGAUAGCAUUCGCCAGACCGCAGGCAAUGGGAGUAGUCUGGCCGAGAAACCGUUCCACCAUGUCAUCUUCUGCUCCAACAUCGCCUGGGAGAAGGAUGAGACGGCGGAUAUGGAGCGGGCGUCCAUGACCUUCCAUGGUAAUGCAGGCGAGGAGAAUCUCAACCUCCAGGCCCAGCUGAGCACCUACUGGCACGGUAUCCCCGGUGAGGAGUUGACGGGCAUCACUGUCGUGCGCACCGUCGAGGAAGCUAUUCGCUGCGCUGGGGGUGUUGGCAGCGUCGGUGGCCAGGGUCAUGUGCCGCCGCUUGUGCUUAUCACGGGUAGUCUGCACUUGAUUGGAAGUGCGUCGGAGGUGCUGGAGACCCUCGAAGAAGAGGGCCUUUACUUGUGAGAAGCUUUGCGGGGUCUUUCGUGAACUUACUAUUCUAUUUUCGGAUGUAUUAUAUUUUGGGUGUUCUUUUGUUGUUCAGACAAGAUGAUGUAAUCAUAUAAAAGGGGGGAGGGAUCAUGAGGGGUGGAGACAUAUAUGUAUUUAUGAAUCAGUUUUGAUGUCGGUAUUUCGGGUUACCGAGUGGAG